CACUCCAAGUGGUGAGCUCGAGAGGGAGCUAAACCACACGUACCCUACCCGACAAGUGGAUCGCCGUCCGGCCAUGCUGCCGUCGUUCCCGCAGCCGGCCACCGCCGCCGCCACGGCGCGGCCUAUACCGGGGAGCUACGGCCUGCCUCUGCUCGGCCCGCUCCGUGACCGCCUCGACUACUUCUGGUUCCAGGGGCCCGACGAGUUCUUCCGCCGCCGCGCCGCCGAGCACAAGAGCACCGUCUUCCGCGCCAAUGUCCCUCCGACCUUCCCCUUCUUCGUCGGCGUCGACCCGCGCGUCGUCGCCGUCGUCGACGCCGCCGCCUUCACCGCGCUCUUUGACCCCGCGCUCGUCGACAAGCGCGACGUCCUCAUCGGGCCCUACGUCCCCAGCGUCGGCUUCACCGGCGGCACCCGCGUCGGCGUCUACCUCGACACCGAGGAGGCCGACCACGCGCGCACCAAGGCCUUCAGCAUCGACCUCCUCCGCCGCGGCGCGCGCAGCUGGGCCGCCGAGCUCCGCGCCGCCGUCGAUGACAUGCUUGUCGCCGUCGAGAAUGACCUCAACAAGGCGCCGGACCCCGCCGCCGCCUCCGCCAGCUACUUGCUCCCGCUCCAGAAGUGCAUCUUCCGCUUCCUCUGCAAGGCGCUCGUCGGCGCCGACCCGGCGGCCGACGGGCUCGUCGACCGGUUCGGCCCCUACAUCCUCGACGUCUGGCUCGCCCUGCAGCUGGUGCCGACGCAGAAGGUCGGCGUCAUCCCGCAGCCGCUGGAGGAGCUGCUCCUCCACUCCUUCCCGCUGCCGUCGUUCGUCGUCAAGCCCGGCUACGACCUGCUCUACCGCUUCGUCGAGAAGCACGGCGCCGCCGCCGUCUCCAUCGCCGAGGAGGAGCACGGCAUUAGCAAGAAGGAAGCCAUCAACAACAUCCUUUUCGUGCUCGGCUUCAACGCGUUCGGUGGCUUCUCGGUGUUCCUGCCCUUCCUUGUCAUGGAGGUCGGCAAGGCCGGCCGCGGCGACCUGCGGCAGAGGCUUCGUGAGGAGGUGCGCCGCGUGCUGGGAGAUGGCUGCGAUGUCGGAUUCGCGGCGGUGAGGGAGAUGGCGCUGGUGCGGUCGACGGUGUACGAGGUGCUCCGGAUGCAGCCGCCGGUGCCGCUGCAGUUCGGCCGUGCUCGGCAGGACUUCGUGCUGCGGUCGCACGGCGGCGCGGCGUACGAGAUCGGCCAGGGAGAGCUGCUGUGCGGGUACCAGCCGCUGGCCAUGCGCGACGCGGCGGUGUUCGACCGGCCAGACGAGUUCGUGCCGGAGAGAUUCGUCGGCGUCGACGGCGAGGCGCUGCUGCAGUACGUGUACUGGUCCAACGGGCCGGAGACCAGCGAGCCGUCGCCGGGGAACAAGCAGUGCGCAGCCAAGGAGGUGGUCGUGGCCACGGCGUGCAUGCUCGUCGCCGAGCUGUUCCGGCGAUACGACGACUUCGAGUGCGACGGCACGUCCUUCACCAUGCUCGACAAGAGGGAGCUCACUCCAAGCUAGAAUGAACCACCAUUCUCAUUCAUCUCCUCAUGCACAUAUGCAUAUACAAAUUAAAUUAAAUUCGAGUUGCUAGCUCCAUAUUUUUUUCUCUUUGAGCUGCUCGAAACAAACAUAUAUAUCAGUUUCUCUGUGCAAUAAGUAUUUCGAUGGUUUUACGUGGAUAUGUACACAUGAUUCAAAAUUAAUUUGAUAGUGAUCCUAAAUUUUCA